AAUGAAUAUUCAUUUAAUCAAAGUAAAAUGGCCACUUUUAUUUUACAAACGUCAUUUACCAAUGUGCACUGAAGAAGUAAAGAAUUAAACAACCUAGGAAGCUGAGCACAAAUAUAAUGAGCCAAGGAUUCGUUUGCCGUGUUAACGAAUAUUAUUAUUCAGACUUCAGCGAUACACUUGAAAAGUGGCUGUGCUGGGGUUAAGCAGCACCGCGGGUCCGGGCCAGUGCGCAUUUUAAAAGUUUAGAAGGGCGAAAAUUUGUUUGUCAAAGGAAAAAUAUUUGAAAAUUAUGGAAGCUUAUAUGACGUCGCCCGUUGUUAAGUCAUUUCUCGCCGGUUCCCUCUCCGGAACGUGUUCGACUAUCCUCUUCCAGCCUUUGGAUUUAGUCAAGACCCGCAUACAAUCGUAUUCGAUUGGUGGAAACAAAAGUGGCAUGAUAACUGUUAUAGUAAACAUUCUCAAGAACGAAAGAGUUUCCGGCCUAUGGAAAGGAAUGACGCCGUCAUUAACUAGAACUGUCCCUGGUAUCGGCGUCUAUUUUAGUUCAAUGCACUGGUUGCGGACCACUUUCGGCAGUAAGGACCCAAGUCCGAUGGAGUCGGUUAUGAUCGGAGCUUUCGCUAGAUCAAUAUCCGGCGUAUCCAUGCUACCAUUUACAGUGGUAAAAACUCGAUUCGAAAGUGGACAGUUCAAUUACCAGAGCGUUACACACGCUAUUUUUGCCAUCUAUAGAGCAGAAGGUUCCAGAGGCUUAUAUAGUGGCCUAGCAGCAACCCUACUAAGGGAUGCACCUUUUUCUGGAAUAUAUUUAAUGUUCUACACACAAGCCAAAAAGACCGUAAAAGAAAGUACACUUCUGCAAGGCUAUUCGUCCUUACCGACUUUGCACUUUGCUUGCGGCCUGGUCGCCGGAUGUUCAGCAUCAGUGGUUACUCAACCUGCCGAUGUUAUAAAAACUCAUAUGCAGAUCAACCCUGGAAAAUUUUCGAAAAUCCCACACGUUGUUCUAUAUGUUUAUUCAAAAGAAGGUCUUGCAGGAUUUUUAAGAGGAAUAGUUCCUCGUACAGUCAGACGUACCCUAAUGGCUGCCCUCGCUUGGACUGUUUAUGAAAGCGCAAUGCAACAGUUUGGCUUAAAAUAA